GACGAAGAAGAACCCUAGCAUCCCCUCCACCAUCUCUCUCACUCUCGCCGUCGCUUCCUGCUCCUCCGGCCGCCGUCCCCGGCCCAUCCCCCAAGGAUUUCGAUCGGGAGCAGAAGCCAACCACCGUUCACCUGAACCUAGCAGGAGGAUUCCUCCAAGUCGAGAGGGGAUCAGUGCAGACGGACGAGGAGGAGGAGCUAGGCCUCAAGAAGGGCGAAGAGAGAGAGAGAGGAUGGUUUCGCUGUCGACGUGGUUCCGCUACGCCGCCCACAAGUUCGAGUACUCCAUCUCCCUCUCAUGGAAGAAGUACAACGUCGGCCAGAUCAACAGCACCGAGCUGAGCGACGCUAUCUUGAAGAGCUUCUUCAAGGGGAAGCUCACCUUCCCGCACUGGACCAAAGGGGGUGAGGCCAUGGCACCCGUUGUUAACCCCACCGGAGGAACUGUGCUCGUCAGGAAGCUCGCCACUUUAUCCCCCAAAGAAGUCUUUGUUGGGGACAUCGUCUUGUUGAAGGACCCGGAGAAAUCUGAUGAUUUAAUUGUUCGACGCCUGGCUGCUGUGGAAGGCUAUGAGAUUGUCUCUACUGACGAGAAGGACGAACCCUUUGUACUGGACAAGGAUCAAUGCUGGGUUGUGGCAGACAACCAAGCACUAAAGGCAAAGGAAGCUAGGGACAGCCGCUUAUUUGGGCCUGUCCCUAUGACUGAUAUUGUUGGCAGGGUGAUAUACUCUUUAAGAACAGCCGUUGAUCAUGGCCCAGUGGACAACAGCCGCGUAGCCAUGUUCCAGGAUUCACCGGUUUUGGCGGUAGAGCUCGAUGUGGAAGAGAUGGCGAAGAACAAUAAGAUGUAGAUAACGACAUCAUGUGGUGUACCAUUUCCCACUUACGUGGAUUCUGUUAUUUGAAAUCAUUAGUUGUUUUGAGUAGAACCUGCUGUUCGCUUGCGAUCUGGAAGAGAUGGAUCAAUGUUAUCCGCUGUUUGCUUGUGAUCUGGAGGAGUCAAUAAUAUUUCAUCACAAGAAAUAAGCAUUAUAUGUUUUGUUGAA